AUGACACCGGUCGAACGGUUCCCGAGCGUCCGUAGCUUGACAAGACCACCAUCAACACCGUCGACCGCACUGGCCGAGGAACCAUCGUCCAGAGAGGAUCGAAACCGGGAAUGCAGUAUGCACGAAGCGCUGGCAGCGGUCAUCUUUAUGGGCCAACUGUUCUCACUCAUGCCCAUCAUCGGUUACGGCCCGGGAAGUGAUCCGCGAAACGUCACGAUGCGUUUCCUGUCCGUGCGGUUCGUGUACGGGUGUGUUACGCUGCUAAUAAUGUUGACACUCAUCGGCAUGUUGGGCGCUUAUACAGCCGAGGCGAGUUCGUUCGGUGUACAGCAGGCUUCUUCCCUCGUGUACUACGCCAUCAUUGUGUUUUUCAUGGUGGAACUCAUGCUGCUGGCACGCAACUGGUCCCAAAUAAUGGGCCGUUGGUACGUGGAUGAGUUACCGUUCCGGAGUGCCUCAUAUCGACCACCGGCCCGCACGCUCCCGUUCCACCGUAUGGUCAAUCUUAUCGCGUUCAGCGUAAUGUUUUUCGCGUUCCUUGAGGACACACUUAACUUCUGCUCGGCUUACAAACUCAACGAGCUUCACAUUCGCUACUGUCCUCAUCGGAGUGGGUUUUGGAAGAAUUUCUUCCAUCGAGAGCAUCCGUACGUGUUGCGCGCCAUCCCGUACCACCCGGUAGUCGGUUGGACGAUCGAGCUGACGAUGAGGAUCGCCAAGUUUACCUGGCACUAUGUGGAUGUUUUCAUUAUCUGCCUGAGCCUUGGGUUGCAGCGUCGCUUUGUACAGUUUAACGAACGGCUGGAAAGGCUCGAUGGACAACCACAGUCGCAGAGCGUGUGGCGUGGACUGAGGCUUGACUUUGUGCGUCUUACCGAGCUGGUCGCUUUUGUGGACGAACGCUUCUCAAAGUUGAUUCUGUUCAGCUGCGCCAACGAUAUGUUCUUCAUCACGGUGCAGUUGUUCAACAGUUUCGACCUUAAACCGAUCACCAUAACCACGGUUUACUUCUGGUACUCGCUCGGAUUUCUCAUCGCACGCUGCUUUCUGAUGCUGUUCGUUGUGUCCUCGAUCAGCAGAGCAUCGGAACGACCUAUUGAAACGUUGCGCCGCUUUCCCAGCUCCAACUGGAACCUGGACCUCAGGCGGCUGUGCGACGCAGUUGCGACGUCCGAAAAUGCUCUUUCCGGCAAGCGGUUCUUCUUCGUCCGGCGACCAUUGAUACUGGCGAUGGCCGGUACAAUCAUCACCUACGAGCUGGUGCUACUAGAUCAGGUGAAGAAGAUACCGGACACGACGAAGGAUUGCACCUUUUAA